CUUUUAAAUAGAAAAUAAUUUUACCAAAAUGGUGACCUGCUCUACGACUAAAAUAAUCGUUCUUGUGUCCUUUAUGCUUCUCUUCUAUUGGUGUCUUAAAAUGUACAAUAAUUUUGUGACGGCUAGCUGUACCCAUCCUUCCCGCUGCCUCACUCCUGCUUAUCCUAUGAACAGGAAAAUGGAGUUUUUAGGUUUUAUCUCAACAUCUUCUGAUAUCAAAAGAAAAAGAGGAAGGAUUCAUUUGGUGAACGAAACUAAUUUUUUACGCAACAAGCAAUGGGAUAUUAAUAUCAAUGUAACUUUGCCUAAUUCAACACUUCAAAAUGGCUCACUGUAUCUUCAUCUCUUUCUUGGUCCUUUGAGCCCGUCAGAGCAUCUUAAUUCCAACAAACUGACUUCUCUCUCGAUUCCUUUAACGCGCUACAAAAUCCCAUCAGCAAACAGGUUUAACUUACUGCAAGGAGACUACGAAUCCAUAGGAGAUGAUGGGCCCUCUUCUUCAUAUCCUGUAACUCACUGGAUACCAGUCAUUGGUUUGUAUGGUGUGGGUGAAGAUUGGUCUUUUGAUAGUAAUCUCCUACCCCCUGAGCUAUGGAUCAUGCAGACAUUGAAGUUAAUCCCCUAUACAAUGACAUAUCUACCAAUACUGUAUCAUAAUGAAUUACGCAUACUCAAGAGGGACAUGAUUCAAGUAUUCCCCUCAAAUAAGACUAUGAGCCUCUCUCUCUCUUAUUAUCCUGUUGGACUCACUCAGUUAAGAGUUUGGAUACAGUUCCAGUUUGCAUUCAAAUCAAUGAAUACACUAGGUUUUCCUGAGAAAGAGCUGGAUACAGUGAAGGAGCUUGUCUUUGGUGCAAAUCUUUAUCUGCUUGGACUCACUUUCUUUGUCUCUUUCUUUCAUUUAUUAUUUGAUUUUUUGGCAUUCAAAAAUGACGUGAAUUUCUGGAGAGGAAGAAAGACAAUCGUUGGCAUGUCAAGAAGAACUAUUUUGUGGAGGUGCUUUAGCUACACGGUUGUGGUACUUUAUCUGCUGGAAGAAGAGACAAGUCUUUUGAUAUCUGUUCCUGCUGGGAUAUCAGCUAUAAUUGAGUACUGGAAAGUUUGGAAGACUCUGAAGCUUCGGCUGGUCAGAGAUGAUGGAUUUUUCCCUAAAAUAAAAUUUAUGGAGCGACUGGAGGAGGAGAAAGUGACUGAAAACUAUGACUCACAAGCAAUGAAAUACUUGUCAAUAUUACUAAUACCAUUAGUCUUACUUGGUGCUGUAUAUUGCUUACUCUACCUAUCUUAUAAGAGCUGGUAUUCUUGGAUAGUGCAUAGUCUUGUGAAUGGUGUGUAUGCUUUUGGUUUUCUCUUCAUGCUCCCGCAGUUAUUUGUCAAUUAUAAAUUGAAAUCUGUUGCACAUUUACCUUGGAGGGCUUUUAUGUACAAGGCAUUCAAUACAUUCAUUGAUGACGUGUUUGCCUUUAUCAUUACAAUGCCAACCUCACACAGGAUUGCUGUUUUCAGAGACGAUCUAGUCUUUCUUGUCUACCUCUAUCAGAGAUGGUUGUAUCCAGUUGAUAAGAGCAGAGUGAAUGAAUUUGGUGAGUCAUUUACUGCUGUGAGCAGCAAGGAGAAGAAAAGAAUCAAGAAAGACUAAUUAAAUUUUUUUGUAUCAUAAUAAUAUUACUGUAUUUUUUUAUAAAUUUAAAAAAACAACUAAAUCAUGACAUUUUGAACAAUAAAA